AUGACUCUUUUUCUGUGUGCUGGGGUACCAUCCUGUGCCCACCAGACACAGGAUGGUGCCCCAGCACACAGAAGGAGAGUCGUCACAGAGUGCUUGACUGAACUGUUUGGGGACCGUGUAAUCUCCCUGAACCGCCCAGCAGAAUGGCCACCGAGAUCACCCGACCUGACCCCACUCAACUUUUUCUUCUGGGGAUAUCUCAAGUCGAAGGUCUUCGCCACUCCACCAGUGAAUCUGCACGAGCUUCAGCAGAGAAUUAUGACAGAGGUAUACACCCUCAGGCAGGACAGGGCCCUCAUUCGGCGUGUGGUCGACGGCAUGAUGAGGAGAGCGACAUUGUGCAUUGAAAGACGCAGGGGACAUCUGGAUAAAGGAGGGACUUGA